UCUCUUUGGGACCGCGUCUCUCACUAUUUAAACUGAAGCUUCUGUAGCUCCGAUCAACCCCAAAGCUUCUUUUGCUCUUUCGCUAGAAUUCUCAUUUUGAAUUGCCUUUACCUUUGCUGUGUUUUUGGGGGUUGAAAGAUGAGUUCGAGCUCGGAUUUGGUGAGUUUUGUUGAGACUGUAUUGGGAGUAUCGUUAGGCGGUUCGGUAACGAAUUCCAUGAUAAUGUUGGCAACCACGUCGUUGGCGGUGGUUCUGGGGCUCUUGAUUUUCCUCUGGAUAAAAUCAGCCACUGAACGAAGCCGUGGUGUUGAGCCUCUGGCUGCUCCUAACCCUGUUUCACUCGAUUCUGAUGAAGAUGACGAUGAAGCCAGCGUCGCCGCCGGUAAAACGAAGGUCACCAUUUUCUACGGCACCCAGACGGGAACCGCUGAGGGAUUUGCGAAGGGUUUAGGUGAUGAGAUCAGGGCAAGAUAUGAGAAGGCAGCAGUCAAGGUUGUUGACCUGGAUGAUUAUGCUGCUACUGAUGACCAAUAUGUAGAGAAGCUUAAAAAGGAGACCCUGGCUUUUUUCAUGGUGGCCACUUACGGGGACGGGGAGCCGACCGACAACUCUGCUAGAUUUUACAAAUGGCUUACCGAGGGGAAUGGAAGGGAGCCCUGGCUUCAACAACUCACAUAUGGCAUUUUUGGUCUUGGUAACCGCCAAUAUGAACAUUUUAAUAAGAUAGCAAAGGUUCUUGAUGAGAAACUUUCUGAAGAAGGUGCCAAAAGUCUUAUCGAAGUUGGUCUUGGUGAUGAUGAUAAAUGUAUUGAAGAUGAUUUCACUGCAUGGAGAGAAUUGCUAUGGCCAGAGUUAGAUCAACUUCUUAGAGGUGAAGAAGAUGAAAAGACUGUGUCUACCUCAUAUACAGCUGCUAUUCCCGAGUAUAGAGUAGUGAUUCAUGAUCCUUCUGUGAUUCACAUCGAGGAUAAUCACACAAAUAUUGCAAAUGGGAAAUCUUCACAUGACAUCCACCAUCCAUGCAGAGUUAAUGUUGCCGUUCAGAAAGAGCUCCACAAGCCUGAAUCUGAUCGUUCUUGCGUACAUCUGGAGUUUGACAUAUCUGGGACUGGUAUAACAUAUGAAACUGGAGAUCAUGUUGGUGUUUUUGCUGAGAAUAGCACUGAGACUGUCAAGGAAGCAGCAAAAUUGUUGGAUCAACCACUGGAUUUGCUGUUUUCUAUACAUACUGACAACGAGGAUGGCACAUACCGUGGAAGCUCAUUGCCACCACCUUUCAACAGUCCAUGUACACUUCGAACAGCAUUGGCUCGCUAUGCAGAUCUCUUAAACCCUCCACGAAAGGCUGCUUUGGUUGCCUUGUCUGCUCAUGCCACCGAACCCAGUGAAGUAGAAAGGCUCAAGUUCUUAUCGUCACCGCAAGGGAAGGAUGAGUACACACAAUGGAUUGUUGGAAGUCACAGAAGCCUUCUCGAGGUUAUGGCUGAGUUCCCGUCAGCAAAACCUCCGCUUGGUGUAUUUUUUGCUGCUAUAGCCCCUCAUUUACAGCCUCGCUAUUAUUCUAUCUCAUCCUCCCCUAGGUUUGCACCCGAUAGAAUUCAAGUAACCUGUGCUUUAGUUCAUCGUCCAACUCCAACCGGAAGAAUUCAUUGCGGCGUGUGUUCAACCUGGAUGAAGAAUGCUGUUCCUCUGGAGAAAAACACUGAUUGUAGCUGGGCUCCCAUUUUUAUCAGGCAGUCUAAUUUUAAGCUCCCAGCAGAUCCUUCAAUUCCAGUUAUCAUGGUUGGACCUGGGACUGGAUUUGCACCUUUCCGAGGUUUUCUACAGGAAAGAGUGGUCCUUAAGAAAGAUAGUGCAGAACUUGGUCCAGCUCUACUCUUUUUUGGAUGUAGGAAUCGACAAAUGGAUUUCAUUUACGAGGAUGAGCUCAACGACUUUGUGGAACAAGGUGCUCUAUCUGAGCUCAGCGUCGCAUUCUCGAGAGAAGGCAAAGAAAAGGAGUAUGUUCAACAUAAGAUGAUGGAGAAAGCAGCCUAUAUAUGGAGCCUAAUUUCCAAGGGAGGAUAUCUGUAUGUAUGUGGCGAUGCCAAGGGUAUGGCAAGAGAUGUUCAUCGUGCCCUGCACACCAUUGUUCAGGAACAGGCGAACGUGGACUCAUCAAAGACUGAGUCUAUGGUGAAGAAACUCCAGGUGGAAGGACGAUACCUUCGAGACGUCUGGUGAUGAUGGCCCCAUACGGUUCUUUGAAACAUCCAUGCCAAAUAUGGUGGUGGGUUAGGUUCGUAUUUUCUAGCUCUAGCGUCUUUAACUGCUUCAUCUCUACCCGUCCGGAGUAAAAGCAGCUGGUAGAUCGUGUGGUGGUCGAGACAAAACCCAGUUUCAUCCGGCGGUAGGAGUCGGUUGUGGAUGUUAAACAACCUUUCCUUUUCUUCUGUAAUCUCAAAUAAUACUAGGAAUAGAAGCAAAGUU